AUGUGGGCCGUACGGGUGCCUGGCCUGGCGGCGCGUGUGCUGCGGCCCGUGCCGCGGAUCGUUGCGCCGGUGCGUAUGCUUGCAACUGCGCCCGAAGCGCCCAAGCGGCGCACACGCGCCAAGGCGGACGGCACGACGCCGCGGCCGCGCCGCAAAAAAGCCGCGACGCCUUUCUCAAGCGAGCCACUGUACGCGUGCGACGCGGUGAUUCCCGAGGCGGACGAGCCCUUUUGCCACAAGCACCUGCCCCACCCCUCGCAGUGGAAGAGUGUGUUUAACUUUACGAAAGAGCAGUUUGCGCGGCAUCGCUACUUUGUUGCGCGCCAGGACACCGCGCAGGCGAUCGUCGACAAGAUCGGUCUCGACGAUGCGGAGCGCAACGGGCACAAAGCGACGAUAGUCGAGGCAUAUGCUGGACCCGGCACGCUCACGCGCCAGCUGAUGCAGCAUCCGAGCGUAGAGCGUGUCGUCGCACUGGAGAAUGCACCGACCUUUUUGCCGUGGCUCGAGCGGCUCAAGGUCGACCCGACGCUGGAAGCGGUGCAGGACAAGCUGCACAUCCUCCCCGAAUCUGGCUUUUCGUGGGACACGUACGAGACGCUCGUGGAUGGCGGCUACCUCGCGAAUCUCGAAAACAAGAUUCCGAACCUCGGGGCGGACGCGCCGCCGAUGGACUGGGCGGCGCCGAGUCCGAUCGUGUUUGUCGCGCAGAUUCCCAACUCGGUGCACGGCGAGCAGCUCUUUGCGCAGCUCGUGCAUGCGAUCUGCUCGGGGUACUGGCUCUACAAGUACGGCCGCGUAAAGAUGGUCUUUGUCUGUGGCGAGACGGUCGCCACGCGCUCGCUCGCGACGCCGGCCGACCAGCGCGACCGCGCGAAGCUGGGCACGACGGUGCAGUGCCUCUCGAAGCCCGAGCUUCUCAUUCCCACCGAGGAGCUGCAGCCGUACGCGGACUACUUCUUUCCCCCCACGCCGUCGAUCGGCCCACGCGUGCCGAUCACAAACACAUUUAUCCCCAACGCGAACAUCUCGUCCGGCCUCUCGAAGCGCAAUCUCGCGGUUCUCGGCAUCGACCCUUUGAAAGAUUUGCUGGUCGACAGCCGCGAUCUCGACGCGUUCGAGUUCCUGACGCGCAACCUCUUUGUGUUGAAAACCAAGCCGAUCGCCGAAGCGCUCAAGCACGUCGCGCCCGGCGCGGCGAAUAUACUCAAGCUCCUUGCGCCGGAUCACCCCUCCAUGAAGGAGCGGCCGCAGGACGUGAUCCUGCCUCAUACCCCCGUCGUCGCCCUGACCAACGAGCAGUGGGCGGCGCUGGCGGUCGUCUUUGAAAAGUGGCCCUUCCGCCCCCAGAACCUCUUUGAAGAGGGACGCGUGCAGCGCGGCAAGAGCGCAGAUAACCAGUUCUUCUAG